UUUGCAUAUUCGCGACCACCCCUUCGUGUAACAGCCUCGCUUCCAUCAAUUACGAUGCUGAUAUUGCUCAUAUAAAGCAGCGGAUGGCGCUAUAUCAUUGUGGCCCAAACACUUUACUCAGGAUAACACAUUCACCUUGAAGUUCACCUCACACCCCGGCCCCUUCUUAAACAGCAUGAUUAUAAUCUCAAAUCAUCCAAGUUGGUGGCCGUCCGUCGAAUCGUAUCGCAUUUCCAGCUAUAUUAUAGUUGCUUCCUCGGUUAGGGUGAUAUAUGAUUGGGCGCUGACUUUUGGACGAGAGAUCGAACUGGUCUGGAGGCAAUGCUGCUCCCUUAUGACCAUCCUGUAUCUGAGUGUGCGCUACGCUGGAAUAUCGUACGCUGUCAUCCAGAUUCUGGCCAAUGUUCCGACAACUUUUGGGACAGGCGAAGUGAGUCGGAUUAUGUCCAUUCUAACAAUUUGGAUUAAUUUGAUCGUACAUGCAAAACUGAGUGUCAUCAUGAUGGCUCGGUUAUAUGCCAUGUAUCAGGGAUCCAGAAAGGUGCUGAUAAUUCUCAUUACCAUCCUCCUGGCUGUCUACAUCACCGGCGGACUGGUUACCGCGAUGAGCGAAAGCAACAGUUCAUGGGAAGAGCUCACACUCUUUGGCACCUUCGUUGCACUGUGUUUUGCACUCUGUGUUACUGUAAAGCACUUUCGUGAAUUGCGACGAUACUCGGCAGGAGGCAUGGGGCUUUUUUGCUGUGUUAAUGAAAACUCACAUUGUUUACUUUGCGUGCUUUGUCGUUGACUCGUUGUGUCUUGCUCCCAAUUCUGUCAGAUGUUCCCCAAGGCCGUAGUGGACUCAUCCCCCUUGGAAUAUCUGAUUU